GUUCCGGGACGCAGCGGAAAGCAGCAGCUACCGUGUCGUAGUAAAAUGCGGCUCUGAGAGAAAGAGAGGAAAAAAAGAGAGGAGGCGAUCCAGGCAGAAAGAGAGGGAGAAGGAGGGAGACAAGCCGGCAGUUUUUUUCCUCCCGCUGCUCAGUCAGAAAGCAGACCGGGUGUCCUCCCCUCUCCUCGGACAUGUGGUGCGCCGAGCGGCGGCAGAGACGCACGGAGCAGCGCGGGCAGUAGCGUCGGCGGAGACGGCGCGGCUUUCCUUCUCUAGUUCUCUUCCUGUGGCCUUUGGUUAUGAGCUUGCUGGGCGCAUAUAAGAAAAAGAGCAGUUACGAUGGCUAUGAAUGUUUGCAGCUGGUCGAUAGCGGCGGGGAUAGCUACAGCAUCGGGAAGGGGAGCAGCAGCGGCACGCUCGGAGGCUCCAUAGCGGCCACCCUCGGACCGAAGGCGGCCCCGCUGAGAGGGGAGGACUGCAGCACCAUGGACAGCUCAGAUAUGGAUGCGAGCUACGGUGGAGGGCUGUUUGAUAUGGUGAAGGGAGGAGCCGGGAAGUUCUUCAGCAACUUUAAGGACAACUUGAAAGACACGCUGAAGGACACGUCCACCAAGGUCAUGCAUCAAGUUGCCACGUACACCAAAGGAGAACUGGACAUUGCUUACAUCACAUCAAGGAUCAUAGUGAUGACCUACCCUGCGGAGUCAGUGCAGAUUGGCUACCAGAACCAUGUCGAGGACAUCCGCUCAUUCCUCGACAGUCGCCAUGCUGACCACUACACUGUCUUCAACCUAUCACAGCGCAACUACCGAGGAGCCAAAUUCUCCAACAGAGUUUCGGAGUGUAACUGGCCUUCGCGACAAGCUCCCAGCCUCCACAACCUGUUCGCUGUGUGUAAAAACAUGCAUAACUGGCUCAAGCAGAACCCCAAGAAUGUCUGUGUCAUCACUUGCUCGGAUGGUCGUGCUCCCUCCGGUGUUCUGGUCUGUGCCAUGUUCUGCUUCUGCCACCUCUUCAACAACCCAAUUCCUGCCAUGCAGCUGCUCAGCGCCAAGAGACCAGGCUCCGGCCUCUGGCCGUCACAUCGCAGGUACAUAGGUUAUGUGUGUAGUAUGGUCUCGGAGAAGCCCAGCCUUCCCCACUCUAAGCCUUUAGUGAUCAAGGCCGUCACAAUGAGUCCAGUCGCCUGUUUCAACAAGCAGCGCAGCGGCUGUCGACCCUUCUGUGAUGUCCUCAUUGGAGAGACCAAGAUUUUCACAACUGCACAAGACUAUGAAAGGAUGAGAGAGUACAGGAUCCAGGAGGGGAAGGUCGUUUUUCCUCUGGGCGUGAGUGUACAAGGAGACGUUGUGGUUUCUGUCUACCACAUGAGGUCGACAAUCGGAGGACGUCUGCAAGCCAAGGUGUCCAACACUCAGAUCUUCCAGAUUCAGUUCCACACUGGUUUCAUUGCUCCUGGGACCAACAUGCUGAAGUUUAACAAACCAGAACUGGACGCGUGCGACUCUCCAGAAAAGUAUCCCCAGCUGUUUCAUGUGAUUCUGGAUGUGGAAGUGGAAGGGGUCGACAAGCAGAAAGACCUGACGCCUCCAUGGGAGCAGUUCCCCUGCAAAGACCUGGCUCCCAACGUGCUCUUCUCCUGCCAUCAGGAGCAUCAGGAUGCUCUGGCUAUUGCAGAGCCGACCCGGCCGCAGGGGGGCCCAGAUGGCGAGAAAGAGAGCGAGCCUUCGGACGAUGAGAUGCUCUCACUCUCCAGCCAGCGAAGCAGCAUCAGCACGGCCCCCCAGAGACCCGAGCCUCCAACGGCCGCUCCGCCUGCAGCCAAUGAAGAAGUGGACCUUCUUGGCCUGGGCGGGGAGGACAUCAAGGCCCCCUGUGCUUCAUCUCAAAAUCAACCCUCAGCAGCUGCAACCACUGACCUCCUGGGAGACUUGUUCGGGGGUCCACCUCAGCCAAGCAGUGGGCCCUCAUCCACUCAGUCCACCCCACAUAAAGUGGCCCCCAACACUGCCUCCCCUUGUCCCUCUCCUGCUCCACCGGCAUUUGAUCCCUUUGGGUCAGGACCCAUGCCGAAGCCUCAGGACAUGAUGGGUUCUUUCCUCGGACCAGGUAAUGUGGGCCAACCAGACCCUUUCCUGCAUGCAGCUCGCUCCCCAUCACCCACCAUGCAGCCCUCAAGCCUGGGUCGGAGUUCCCCCGUUCCACCCACAACCCCGACUGUCAACAUUCAGCAACAAAAUGCCAUGGGAGGAUGGGACUGGAACAGAUCAGCCACCACAAGCUCAGGAGGAGGCUUUGGGAUGGGGAGUCACUCAGCUACCACCAGUCCCACAGGAUCAGUCCACAGCACCCCCACCCACCAAAAUAAACCAAACACGCUGGAUCCUUUUGCAGACAUUGGGAACCUCGGUGGAAGCCUUGGAGGAGGUUCUGGAUUCUCCAGUAAACCCACUUCUCCAACCGGAGCUGGCCCUGCCUUCCCACCAAUGGGCUCUCCGUCGCGGCCUCCGCCGUCUCCGCAGCACGCAGGAGGGUGGCAGCCCCACUCGGGAGGAACCUUUCCUUCAUGGCAGCCCAACGCUGCGGGUGGAGGCGGGUGGCAGGCACAAGGACAGACCCCCAACCAACAGCCAAAGCCCAGCCCGAGCCACACCUCCAUGCCCCACACAUCGCCGCAGAAUCGACCCAACUACAACGUCAGCUUUUCCGCUAUGAGGGGAGGCUCUCCCAGCGCUGGGGGGAAAGCGCAGCCUGGGAUGGGUUCAAAGCCCAAAGCCUCAGAUGCCAACUUUGAUGACCUGCUGUCUGGUCAGGGCUUUGCAGGAACCAAAGAGAGGAAAGGGCCCAGGACAAUAGCUGAGAUGAGGAAGGAGGAGAUGGCCAAAGAGAUGGACCCUGAGAAAAUUAAGAUUUUGGACUGGAUCGAGGGGAAAGAGCGAAACAUCCGAGCGCUGCUGUCCACCAUGCACACCGUGCUCUGGGAGGGAGAGACGCGCUGGAAGCCUGUGGGCAUGGCUGACCUGGUCACUCCAGAACAGGUCAAGAAGGUGUACCGCAAAGCCGUCCUGGUUGUUCACCCAGAUAAGGCUACAGGACAACCGUAUGAACAAUAUGCCAAGAUGAUAUUCAUGGAACUAAAUGACGCCUGGUCAGAAUUUGAAAGCCAAGGACAAAAACCUCUGUACUAAAGAGAUCGCUGCAAGGGAAACGAGCGACGCCGGGAUGUUUCUGCUGACUCUGUCAUGUGUUACCAACGCGGACCCUGUGCGACGACAUCUGCUUUGACGACUGCGCUUCGACUCGCUUCUCACCCAGAGCAAUGAAUAUCUAUGUUGUAACUUGACUUAACUGAACAAAAGUCGCCAGAUGUACCCUCUGUGUGUGUGUGCGUGUGUGUUCUGCAACACUUGUAGCCCUGUGCUCUGCAUCAAACUACUAGUCAUGAUUUCUAAGAGACAAAUCAAAACAAGGAUGACAGAUAAAGGAAUCAGGGAAAGAUACAUGUAUAAGGCCCACGCAUUUAUUCAUGUCCGCUGAAAGUCAUCAUAAAUAAAAUGUUCUUUGAGCAGGAAAGGCUAGACUGUCAGAAAAACUGCAGUAAUUUAGUGGUAUUAAAGUAAAAAUAGACAGAAAACAAAGAACUUAUGUCCAAAUUAGAGGUGAAACAAAACCAUUUGGUAGCAUCCGUAAUUCUCUAUCAAAGCUUUGUGUUUUUCCAUGUUUGCCUGGGUCUGGGGAUUGUAUAUUUAGUAUUAGCACAUGUACAGUUCCUGACAGGAAGCACCUCCAAGCCUCAUAGAUGUUCAUUAACGCUCUGUAAAAGCACAAAAAGUCAGUGCAGCUUUGAACAACAACUUUAGUUUUAUCAUAUUUUAAGAGAUGUUUUCUUACAUAUCUGCAGACUUAUCGCAGUUAAAACAUUACCCAUCAGCACUUUCUGUUUACAGAAACCUUUUUACUUGAUUCAAGGUGUUUAUCUUUCUUUGUAUUUUCUGUAUCGACAGCAGCACUUUUAUUUAUGUCCUUUGGGUAGACUUUCAUAUUGACGUGAGUGCAGAAAACAUUUGGUCACGCUGCAGGUGCUGUUUUCACCCAAACUGAUGUGAACUUUUUCUCCACUUAAAGAAUGAUGCUUCCUCCUCAGCUUUUAUCCACCAUUUUAAAACUCUGCAUCCAUGCUAAUCAGUAGAAGAGAUUGGUGCAGCAUAUCCAAAAUUUUCAUAAAACAUUUAAUUUCAUGAAUUUUUGCUUUAUUUUGACAUCCUCCCAGGACACUGACAGGAUGCUCACAAAACACACGGAGUAGCUUUUAUUUCUCGCUGUUUAAUACAUCAAUGAUAUCCAGCUUAAACAUUUCAUCAUUGCCUUUGCAUGUUCAUAAACUCUGUUAACAUACUUUCCCUUGUUUGUGUGUUCAGGAAAUUUAUGUGACUUUCUUUUUCUUUUGCCUCGGAUGGGGGUUUGUCCAUUUCUGGAUAUUGACUGAAUUCUGCGCAGCCAAAAGAAAAGUGUGAGCGCUGGAGAUAGUUAUUUUUAUCAGAACAAAUCCCCACAUGUGGGGGAAAUGUGUGUCUUGGGGACAAACCCGAGGUCUCAAACUAUAAACAAUGAACUUGAAGCUGUUUUUAGUGACUUAAGAGAAGCACUGAGGACCUCCCUGUACAAUAACUCUCCUGUGGGGUCAUUCUGCAUUCUUACAGAUCAUUGAAAAGCUAACCUCUAUAGUGUAGAAAAUGAACUUGUGUUGUUUGAAAUAGUGGAAUGUAUGGGUCCGAUCUGAGUACCGUUAAGUCAUGUUUGCCUGUCUGCUGUACAAGUAUUACUAAAUUGUGUAAAAAAUAAAAUCUCUUCAGGUGUUUCUUUUCAGCUCUGUUUGCUGUUGCAGGAUGUAAAUAAUAAACCAGUGCGGUGCACAGCAAUAAACUGUAAAUGAAGCAAAAAGAAGAAAAAAAUAUUUUCAUUUUUAA